UGUCAGAGGGCGGGGCCUCGUGGUUGCAGGCUAGCUGCUGAAGCCCUGGCGGGCAACGAGAGAGAGCGGCGUGGUUCAUCCUGACGUUCACUGUCACCGGCUAGGAUUGGAGAGAGUUAUUCGGAUAUACUGCCAACAUGUCUGGUGAUGAAGAAACCGAGGAGCAGACCGUCGCUGACGACUUGGUGGUAACCAAGUACAAGAUGGGAGCCGAGAUAGCUAACCAUGUCCUAAAGAUGGUGGUUGCGGCUGCCACGGCUGGUGUCUCUGUGGUCAGCCUGUGUGAAAAGGGAGAUGCUUUGAUCCAGACAGAAACUGGGAAAAUCUUCAAGAGGGAAAAAGACAUGAAGAAAGGUAUCGCCUUUCCGACGUGUGUGUCGGUUAAUAAUUGCGUGUGCCACCACUCCCCGCUCAAGAGCGACCCUGAUGUCAUUCUUAAAGACGACGACUUGGUCAAAGUGGAUCUGGGUGUGCAUGUUGAUGGAUUCAUCUCCAACGUGGCUCACAGCUUUGUAGUUGGCGUUACCAAGGAUAAACCACUGACAGGCCGCAAGGCUGACGUCAUCACAGCAGCUCAUCUGUGCGCCGAGGCUGCUCUGCGUCUUGUCAAGCCAGGAAACCAGAACACACAGGUCACAGAAGCGUGGAACAAGAUUGCAAAGUCAUUCAACUGCUCACCAAUCGAAGGCCUGCUAUCCCAUCAGCUCAAACAGCACGUCAUAGAUGGAGAGAAAACUAUUAUCCAGAAUCCAACGGACCCAGCAAAAGACCAUGAGAAGGCUGAGUUUGAGGUGCAUGAAGUGUAUGCAGUGGACGUACUUGUCAGCACUGGAGAGGGCAAGGCAAAGGACGGCGGUCUAAGGACCACGGUAUACAAACGAGACCCCAACAAGGUGUACGGAUUAAAGAUGAAGACUUCCCGGAUGUUCUUUAGUGAGAUGGAAAGACGCUUUGAUAAAAUGGCAUUCACUCUGAGAGCUUUUGAGGAUGAGGUCAAGGCCAGGCUGGGUGUGGUGGAGUGUGCAAAGCAUGAUUUGAUACAGCCUUUCAAUGUUCUGCAGGAGAAAGAGGGUGAGUUUGUAGCCCAGUUCAAGUUCACUGUACUGCUCAUGGCCAACGGACCACUGCGAAUUACAAACAGUCUCCAUGAACCUGAUUUCUAUAAGUCGGAGCUCGAAGUGGAAGACCCAGAUUUAAAGGCUUUGCUUCAAAGCUCAGCCAGCCGCAAGACACAAAAGAAAAAGAAAAAGAAGGCCUCAAAGACUGUGGAGACUGCAACAGGACAGGCUAUGGAGACUGAAGCUGCAGAAUAAAUUGCCACAUCCAGCAAUUUGUGAUGCACCACAAGAACAGACGUCAGAAACGCUUCUGUCCCAGCUGUCUGAGGCACUCGGUGCACAGCUGCUCCCAACACUUCCAAAAUCUAACAUGUCAGUCUGGGAUGAAGCUGCUACUAAAUGAUUUCACUGCAUCUAAAAAAACCUCUUGACACAUCUCAAGUAAAUCUCGUUGUCCUUGAAGCAGCUUUUGUCUCUACAACAGUGAAUACAACUCAUCAGGAGUUUUUUUUACUGUGUGUAUUAAUAUGGUAAAUUCACACUGGUAUUAUUAGCAUUUGACUAUAAACCUUCAUCCCACAGUAAAUGCAUUGAAAAAAUAUUGUCAAAUAAUGGUCAGAACUGUCAGUGUUAUUGUGUGGAGCUCACAGAUGGCUUCCUUCACCUGAUGCCAAGGCAAACACGGUACUUGAGCUUCUUGUGUGUACUGAUACGUCCAUGUAACUACUUUCACACAAGGUGUAGGUUCGACACAGUAAGCAAAAUACAGAUCUUUGUUUGGUUUAAAUACUAGUACUUUGUACCGUGUAUACUGCUAGGCAUUAUAGAUACUGACAAUAUGACAAGAUAUACUGGAUGAGAAAUUCACAGAUGAGCUGUGGACGCAACAACCUUGCAUGGGUUGUGUGCAUUAAGCCUUGUUUCUCCACCACGUCUGAUAGUACGUGUUUACAUAAGUCCUCAAAUGGAUCAUUUUGUAAAACAAACCAUAGUUUCAGAGACUAUUUUUGGAAUAAUUAAAAAGCUGCCUGACAUAAUCUGUGCUUGUUUUUAAUUUGUGUCAUUGGAUUCAACAUUUAAAUAAGUCUUGAAUUUGAUCUGCGCUGUAGCAGCCAUAAUUAUUUUUUUUAAAUCCACAUUUAGGUUGUGAUGGACAUAAAUACAUAAUCUUGUACAUUGAAAGUUUAACUGAAAGUAUAACAUUGCUCGUUUGGCUCACACGGGAAUUAAGUUAGUUGAUUUUUGAUUGAUUGAGACUUUUAUUAGUAAAUAGAACAGUACAGUGCAUAUUCAGUACAAUUGACCACUAAAUGGUAACACCCGAAUACGUUUUUCAACUUGUUUAAGUCGGGGUCCACGUUAAUCAACUCAUGGUAAAUAAUGAUGUAACGGUCUCUGAACCCGGCUUACAUGCUGUAAGCUUAAUUACAUUUUAAAAGAGCUGACAUGUUUUCUAACUCCAUUACACUGUUGCACACUACAAUAUCCAUCCAUCCAUUUCCUACCGCUUGUUCCCUUUUGGCAGAAUUAUGGACAAAAGGCAAAACUCCAUACCUGGGACGACAUAGAAACCAAAAACUUACGUGGCAUGGGCAGGAGGGAAAAUAUGGAUAGUAUGAGUGACAGGCAGGGCAUGGCAUGAAGUAGAGGUAGCAUGGCAUGACGUGGGUAAAGGUAAAGUCGCCAGGCUAACUACCUGGUAAAUACAGGUUUAAAUAAUGCUGUGGAGAUUAGUGACAUAAGGACAGGUGAAAACUAAUGGGUAGUCAUGGAAACAAAACAAAUAACUAAGUGCAAAAACAGGAAACAAUGGAGUCUUAAGCAAAACAGAAAAUAACUAAACAAAACAUUAUCACACUACAAUAAAUAACAGCAAUUACCCAAUAUAACUGAUGAAUAGGGAAACAACUUCCCUGGUGUGAUUUGACAUUUUAUUGGCAAUGGAAGGUUAACCUUUACCUAUACAGAAGCAGGAAUGUGACUUAGCAUUAUUUCAUCAGUAACGCGGUCCAAAACCAUGUUUUGGAAUCAAUUCCCCACGUUGCACUACGACGAUGACGUCUGAGGCGUCGCGCUUUUAUGACAUCAGGCACAAAGCGGCUUCCAUGCAGUUGAAUUGACACUUCACCAUGAGAGCCAAGUGGAGAAAGAAGCGCAUGCGUAGACUGAAGCGCAAAAGGAGAAAGAUGAGGCAGAGGUCCAAGUAAGCUGUCUUCUGGGGGUCGUGACUGUGAUGUUAGUCCGUACCCAGAGAUAAGACAGUGCAGCUGGAGAGCCAGGACGGCCUUCUUAAUCAGCAUGUCCGCAUGGGGCACGAGUUGCUGCUCACCAUGGUCUGCACGACGGAGGACUGUUUUUGGUGAUAUUCUGGACUCUGGUUGUUACUUUUAAGACAUUUUUUUCCAAUGUUCAAACUUUGUUUAUUCUUUGAUUAAAGGUUUGGGUGUUUAUAAAUCAA